CGCGUAAAGGAGCAGCCGGCCUGUUCCUGACUUCGAUCGCUUCCCGUUUCGAAGAUCUCAGUCAUACUCCAAAACCGUCCGAAUCCGCCUCCCAUUCAAGAUGGGUUUGGGAGGCUCGAAAAUGCGCGGUCCGGUGCGGGAGGCGAAUAAGUGGGAGUAUGUGAAUCUCGACGAUUUCCGAACCUCAUCAUGCUUUACCUUCUUUUCGUAUAUCUGGUUGUGGAUGCUUAUUAUCAUUUCCAUCGCCGUCUUCGCAGCGGACAUCUUCACCGCCGUUAACCUCCUUGCGUUCAAUCGAUGGGCUGGGCAGGUAAAGCCUGCAAUUCCGUUCACGGUGUCGAAAUGGAUAUUUGCAGUCUGUAUCAUCCUCUCCGUCGCUUUGAUCAUAUUCGAGUGGCUACGCGCUCUCCGAGUCAUUUCAAAAGGUGGUGUGGCCGAUUCUUAUCUUGACCCCAUGGCGGUCAAACUGCAGAGUAUUCGUCCAGGGUCCGGGAAAGGAUGGAAGCGGUUCCUCGUCUUCACCAAAUUGACCAAGAGUAAAGAAGGCGUGGAUUAUAUCGCCUUGUUUGCAUAUUUCCAAUUCAAAGGCGCGAUCCGCCUGAUUUUGGCCGAGGGACCUCGCGUGGUCGUCAAUUCCGUGACUCUAUGGUCGGUCCUACAGGCCGAUCUCAUUCCCGGAAAGAAUGAAGAUGAUGACCGCGCAGCCAUUCUCCAGUUUUUCGACAAUGUUCGCAUUUUGGCGUCUGAAUCCGACAAACAGCAAGUCGUCAUCCUGUUCGCCAUGUUGUUCACUUUGAUCAUCUGGGUGAUCUCCAUCAUUUGUCUGAUACUAUCGAUCGUGAUGUACCUGAUCUUCCUCUGGCACUACAUUCCAUCAGCGGAUGGGUCUCUUUCGAGCUAUUGUCGACGAAAGAUUGACUCUCGAGUGGAAUUAAUCACAGCGAAGAAGGCUCGGAAGACAAUGGAGAAGGAGGAGGCAAAGAGACGGAAACAGGUGAUGAGGGACCGAAAACACGGCAAGGGGUUCGUCCAAGGACCCAUCGAUCCAUCACGGCAACCAACGAUUCCCCAGCUGGAUGAAGACAGCAAGUUGCCUGAAGUAUCCCUCAACAGAAUGGAUUCACAAACUACCCUUCCUCCGUACACGUCCAGGCCGGGCACCGCAGUUGGGAAUCCGCCGCCUGGAAUAUCGAGACAGCCAACGCUUCCGGAUCUAGAGUUAGGCAUGGCCAGUUCUCAACAUCCUGGGAUGCCACAACGCACGGAGACUCAGUCGUCUGCUUAUUCCGAGGCCAGCUACGGUUCCCACGCGCCCUUGCUGAGUCAAGCAGGCGACAUGGGUUACAGCGACCCUACAAGAUCUGGCUCGCCCAUGGGCAAUUUUCCCGGAUAUGGCGUCGCUCCUCUAAAUCGGUCCGUAACUGGCGGAACUCAGAGAUCGGACUUGUCCCUACCAGUUCGACCACCUACCGCGCAAGGUCGAAAUUCUCCAGGGCCUUCGAAUUUUUCAAGGCCGAACCUUCGAGGUGAUGCGUCUGGAAGCCCUUCUCCCCUCAGUCCCAACUCGCAUUUCGAUGACCGCAUGGCACCACACGGUCAAGGUCCAUCGUACGAAAUGAGUCCCGUUGAGCGGUCCAAUACAAACACAUCCAACUACUCCCAUCCCUCCAAUCCCCGUACUCCCCGCCCAUACCCCCAACGAGCAGGCACCGCCCCGCCUCCCACCGGUCCCCUCCCCCGCCGACCACCUCCCCAACGCGCACCCACCAUGCCAACUUUCGAUUCCUCUUCCAGCAACACUUCUGGCCCCAACCCCGGCGGCUACCGCGCGUACUCACCCGCUCCCGCAUCAGCCAGCCCAUCGCAAGGCUACCCCCCACGUCGAGACUUCACCGCUCCGUCCCAGGCGCCUCCGAGGUCUGGGACCGCCCCAGGUUUCCGACCGCCAAUGCGCAGUGCAACAAUGCCGAUUGAGCCGCCGACAUUGAGCAACGGGCCGGCGAGGUCGGCGACUGCGGGACCCGGGCAAGGCUCAAGUCGACCGCCUCCACGACAAGGUUGGGAUGACCCUGGAAGCCAAGACCAGCAAGGAGGGGGGCAGUAUGGUUAUAGGAUAUAAGACGGUCGGCUCUGGAAGUCGUUCCCGGACGAGGUUUACGAAUUCUAAUGACGAGAAAUGGGGAUAAUCUGAGCACAGAUCUUCUUUCUUCUGAACGAUUA